CUUUCCCCACCUCUCCACUAUCUCUCUCUCUUUUUCUCCUUUUCUCUUUCUCUCUCAACGAGAAGACAAUGCCUGUUUCUGCAGAGCCUUCGUCGUCUUCUUCGACGACAAUCGGUCAGCACAUCAGACUCCGACCCAGGAAUCUCCCCCCAUUUGCCGCCGAUGAGUCUCUAAUUCCCAAACCUAGCCGCGUCUGUAAAUCCGCCAUGUCUUCCUUCUUCCUCUUGCCAUCAUCAUCCAACGAGACCAACAGGAAGAAACCCAACUCGUCGUUUCGUGGGCUGGGCUGCACCGCCUCCGCGUCUCAGCAGGUUUCCGUCCCGGCCGUGAUUCGCUCCUCCGCCGAUUGGGAUGCGACUAAUUUCAAAACUAAGAAGACGAAGAAGUCGAAGAAGACGAAGAGCAAGAGCAAAAGUAGCUUCAACGGCGGGUCGGUUAAGAUCUUGAGCGAGGCGGAUAGAAUCGUCGGCGGAGGAACCGCUUGCGCCGCGAUUCCUGAUGUUUGGUGCGGACCCGGUGUUGGGUUUUCCACGGAUGCGGUGGUCGGCGGAACUAUUGAAUCCGUCGAGACGGAUCCUCCGAGAAGGAAUAUUCCGGCGAGACGCAAAAUCGAUGGAGAUAAGACCAAUAAUAACUCUAAUCUCAGAGAGGGUUCUUCUCUUCUCCCAAGGCGAUCUCUUAAUCAAGAACCCAAUCCUUACUUUGACUCUGAUACGAACUUUUUGACAUCGCGGGCUGAACAGUUCUCUGAUAGAUAUCAUCGUCAUCUACGACAACCUUACCCUGAUGGGCUCUCCGAGGUGAUGAUGUUACAGAACGGUUUUGUAAUGGGAGGGGUAAUAAGCUCGUAUGAUCACUUCCGUGACUUGAGACUUAACGUCGAUGACAUGACAUACGAGCAACUUUUGGAGCUUGGCGAUAGAAUUGGGUAUGUGAACACUGGUCUUACUGAAAAACAGAGCAAGUCCUGUCUCCGGAAAGUCAAACCAUUCCGGAAAAAUACACCAUUAGCAGAUAGAAAGUGCGUCAUCUGUCAAGAAGAGUAUGAGGUAAAGGACGAGGUAGGAAAAUUACGAUGUGGGCAUAGGUUCCAUAUCCACUGUGUGAAACAAUGGCUGUCGAGGAAGAACUCUUGUCCGGUCUGUAAAACGAUGCCGUACGUUGAGCCUUAGAUAGAUCAUAGAUAUAUCUCCUCCUUUGAUGAUGAUUCUUGAUUUCGGGAUUCAAUUACUUUUUUAAUGUUAGAUUCUUUUCUCGGGUUUUUAUUUAUGAUUGCUAUUUUAUUUCUGAAAACAACUGUUGAAACAUUGUAUGAAACAACCAGUUUCUUACACAGACCUAUGGAAAAGUCGCCGAGACACUG